AUGCUGCCAGAGAUGGAAAGCAUGUGCUGCCUGGGGCUGGAUUGAGCAGUUGGCCCCUCUGAAGCAUAUCACUGCACAGUGCUGGACACUAGAGGGGGCGACAUGCAAGGACAAGCCAGGGGCUGCCCAUGGCUGACAUCUCCCCUCCCCCUUUGCAGAUCCCACCUGCAUCUUACACAGGGCUCAGCAGAGAAGGGACGAGGAAGGCAGAGAAUAGGAUGUGACAGUUUCCAUGGUGGUUGUGGGGCUCUGUGCCUGCUCUUUGUCACAGAGCAGAGGCCCAGAGAAGGACGCUGCUGGCAGACCCUCUGCAGAACUGAGAAGAGAGUCAGGCAGGGUCACCCUACUCACAGAAAGGGUGUUUCUCCCAGGGCUCCUCUUGCUGCCAUUUUGAGUGUUGUCUCCCGAGGAUAUGGCAGCCCCCACAGGGCCCAUCUCUUCACCUUGCUGAUACUCAAGCUAUGCAGAAUCCACAAGAAUUUCCUAUCAACAUCAACAAAGAGAAGGCACUUGCCGCAUGUCCUCCCAGGGCCUGUCCCCAAAACAUCUCUUGUUGGCCAUCACCCCAACGCCUACCCCUUUAUCUAGGCUAUGAAGAAACCAUCUGGGUACACAGGUGGACACCAGAGUAGCCAACGCAUCUUUAGCACGCACUAGAUAUAAAUACAGCAGGCACUAUUCUGUGGCUUUUGUGGGACUAACUCAUUUAAUUCUGAGACUUGUGACAUAGGUAAUGAUAGUACCCCAUUUCAUAGAUGAGAAAACAGAGGCAGAAAUGGUUGCCAUAACUUGAUAAAGGGCAUAUGGCUUGUCGGUGUCAGAGUUGGGGUUGAAACCAAGACUAGUGUGUCUGAAAGCCAUGCCCUUAACCUCUGUGGCCUGCUGAAUCAUGUAACUGGGCAGCACCAUGUCCCCAUGCUUGUGGGUGACAGAGGCUGGCCUCAUCCAGGCAGGCAAGGCAAAGCAGUCCUCAGGGAGAAGGCAGUGCAGGCUCCACUAUGAAAACCCCAAUGCUGUGAGCCCUGCAGCCAGGCCCUGCCCUUCUGGGCAUCUCUCCCCCCCACCGCCAGGUCUCUGGCCAUCCUGUUCUGCUCUCUCUUGCAGGUGUCCACUUCACAGGGUUCCUGAUCGUGCCCCUGGACAGCCACCCCUUCGCAGUAUCCAGUCUGGCUGGACUCUGCAAACCUGCUUCCGCAAUGGGUGGGUUGUGAGCGCUGGUAACGAGGAGCUGUGGGCCCAGCCAGCCUUGGAGAUGCCGAAAAGACGGGACAUCCUUGCGAUUGUCCUCAUUGUACUGCCCUGGACACUGCUUGUCACCGUGUGGCACCAGAGCACCAUCGCGCCUCUGCUCACCGCACACAAGGAUGAUGGUAGUGACCCCCGGCGCGACGCACCGCCUGGCGCCGACCCCAGGGAGUACUGCAUGUCUGACCGCGACAUCGUGGAGGUGGUGCGCACCGAGUAUGUGUACACGCGGCCCCCGCCAUGGUCCGACACGCUGCCCACCAUCCACGUGGUGACGCCCACCUACAGCCGCCCGGUUCAGAAGGCCGAGCUGACGCGCAUGGCCAACACGCUGCUGCACGUGCCCAACCUGCACUGGCUGGUGGUGGAGGACGCACCGCGCCGGACGCCACUGACCGCGCGCCUGCUACGCGACACGGGCCUCAACUACACGCAUCUGCACGUGGAGACGCCCCGCAACUACAAGUUGCGUGGCGACGCCCGUGACCCGCGCAUCCCGCGGGGCACCAUGCAGCGCAACCUGGCCCUGCGCUGGCUGCGUGAGACCUUCCCGCGCAACUCCAGCCAACCGGGUGUGGUGUACUUCGCUGACGACGACAAUACCUACAGCCUGGAGCUCUUUGAGGAGAUGCGCAGCACCAGGAGGGUGUCUGUGUGGCCCGUUGCUUUCGUUGGUGGCCUUCGGUACGAGGCCCCACGGGUCAACGGAGCUGGGAAGGUGGUCGGCUGGAAGACAGUGUUCGACCCGCAUAGACCAUUUGCAAUAGACAUGGCUGGAUUUGCAGUCAACCUGAGGCUCAUUCUACAGCGUAGCCAGGCCUACUUCAAGCUGCGUGGCGUGAAGGGAGGCUACCAGGAAAGCAGCCUCCUCCGAGAACUUGUUACCCUCAAUGACCUGGAGCCCAAGGCAGCCAAUUGCACCAAGAUCCUGGUCUGGCACACACGGACAGAGAAGCCGGUGCUGGUGAACGAGGGGAAAAAAGGCUUCACUGACCCCACUGUGGAGAUCUGAGCCCCAGGAUACAGGAGCCUCCUCCUCAAACCCUGUUCCUGGCCUUCCAUCCUCUCCCCAUGGCUGAUGGUCCCUCCAAGGCAAACUCCUAAGGAAUCACCAUCACUCUCCUUUCUAUUCUGGGGGCUUCAGAGAGAGCCCAGCCUGAUGCCAGAACAAAGGACGGAGAAUUUAAAGCACAGAAAUCCCAGACCUGUUGUUCUCUUCCAUCCAACAUGACCAGGGGCCCAGCUGCUAGCCAAGUCAUGCCAACCAGCGAGCCAGGGCCCUGGCACACCUCCCCAGAGCUUCCUGCACUGGCAGGGCCCGAGGGAGCAGGUGAGGUGGGCACCUAAGCCCUGGGGUGAUGCCAGGCUGGGAGAGAGGUGAAAAGACCCCGGCUGUCAAGUGUAGUGUGGUCUUGCUUGGCUUCCUGCUCCUGGGGCACAGCACGACUGCACAGGCCACCUGGCCAGGGAAUUCUAAAGACAGAAGAGCAACCCCCUGCCCAGGCAUCAGGAACACCACCACCACCACCACCACCCUCCUUGGAGAGCUACUCUCAAUAGACAUACCUCUCUGGCUUUCCUCUGGUUCCUAUUUCCAGAGCAUAAGGCUGUCUUUGAACCCAACAGGCAACACCUUGCAUGAGGGGAGCCUGGGCCUGCCAUCAGGUUCCCCCAUACCUCAGGCUGUGGUGGGAGUGGAGUCCCUUACUCUGGCCCCACAUCCCUCAAGCCUGCUCCUUCCAGCAGAGGGAAGGAGGUGGGCCCUCGAGCCAGUACAGGUCAUGGACUGACCCGGACUAAGAUCAUGUGGGCCUCUGCCUAGACACUGCCUCCCCACUGCCCUCUGGGCUCAAGGGUCCCUUGCCUGGGCUGGGACUGGGGAGGGCAGGAGCUCUUGAGAAUCAUAGACCUCAGGGGCUGAAGUGAGCCAGGAGUGGGCAAGGCAGAAAAGGGAGGGAGGCAGGGGCCAUUCCAUACUCCUUCCUGCCCUGUUUGGGGGAGGCAGGGGCUUUGGGUUAGCAGAGGGACUUGUGGAAAAGAGGCAGAGAUCAUUUGGACCCAAGGGGAAAGGAGACCUGAGCACACUCUAGUCUGGAAAUCAUUCUAUUGUAAACGCAUAGUGGGAACAAAACUUCCCCUUCUCCCUGAGCUGGGAGCAUGAGAACAAGCCUCCUGCUUGUUCCUUCUCCCCACCCCCACCCCCACUCCUGAGGACGAACAGUGUGCAUGUGCUACUUCCCUGCACCUGGAGGCUAAUGACAGGGACAGCCCUCUGCUGGCCAUCACUCACGCUCCUGAAAGUUGGAAGCACAAUUUUCCUCCCGACUGGAGGAAAAGGAAAGGCCUGAGCCUACUGAAGAGGUGUUUAUUUUUUAACGCUAACAGCCCCCACUCCAUUUAAACUCACAGGACCAGUCUGAGGACCGUUGAGAACCCACUCUUGGGUGAGUGGGUAGGAUUCAGUCCAGCAACCUAACACUGAAAAAAUAGCAUUGGCUGCCUAUUUUGAAAUGGAUUUAACUUCCCACAGCAUUCGUGAAAGUAUCCAAUGGGAUCAUAUCCCUGAGAACCCUGAGCCACCUUGCAGGACAUUCCCAGCCUCUUACACUUUCAAUGGUGGCUCUAGAAUCAACCACUCGGAAUCAAGUGGGUUGGCAUGGGAGGCGAGGGAGGAGGUGUGCACAGGGCACCCACCAAAUGAGUGAAUUCAUGCCCAGGCAUGGCACUGCCUCACUCACAGAAACCAGCCCUGAAUGCUCAGGUCAGCCUGGCUGGUCUUAGGCCACCUUCUUAGCCAAAAACCCAGGGCUCAUUUUUCAGGAAAUUGAUAAUGAACAACAAAAUGGGAUAUUCUCUCUCUGUUUUUACUUUUGUUUUUUUGGCGGAUGCUAUUUCCGUUGUUUUCACCUAAUAGCCUCUCUUAGCUGCAUGUGUAUUUAUUUAUAAUUAUAACCCUGGUGGACUGCAGCUUUCAUCUUUGUUGGGAAUGAGUUUGUGACCAAUCAGAGUUGGGUCCAUGACUACGAUUUGUUUCCCAAACCCAGUGUGUUCCUGCUCCCCACCACAAAGGAGUGAGGCUGGGGUCUAGGAGCCACCAGAACAGAGCCUGGGGUGAGGGUGGAGCCUGUGCAGCUACACCAUCUGGUCUGUUUUAACUGUAUUAAAUUUGUUUCCAAAAUUAAAAGUCAAACAUGGUUUUUAACAGCCCUAA